AUGCCUAACGUUGAGGCAAGAGAGGCACUUGAUUUACUUGUGAUUGAGACUAGGUCACAUGAUCGGGUAGCUGGGGAUGACGCACUGUCCCAAGCUAUGCUACAAAUUUUGGAGAGGGUUGCUAGGCCCAAUACUAGUACUGUGGGCCGUGGGUCAGUAACGGAGCGAAUCAAGUCUAAUGGGGCUAAGAUCUUUAGGGGUAUCACUGGAGUUGCCCCUAAUGCGGUUGAAUAUUGGAUAGAGGCGACAGAGAGGAUCAUGGAUGACCUCAACUGCACCUCAGAGCAGAAACUAAAGGGUGCAGUGUCAUUGUUAAGAGAUAAAGCCUAUCAGUGGUGGCUUAUUGUAAAAGAGGGUACUCAGCCCGAUCGAUUGACUUUGGAGUUUUUCGAGAAUAAGGGAGUUUCUGAAUUUGACCCAGGGGGUAAGUCCGUGGCUAAAUACGAGGCAGAAUUUUUGCGAUUGAGCCGUUCUGUGCGAGGCAUGGUGACAACUGAGUAUGAGUGUUGCGUGCAUUUUGAGGUCAACCUCAGGGAUGAUCUACAAGUUUUGAUAGCUCCACAAAGGGAGCAAGAUUUUACUGUGUUAGUGGAAAAGGUGAAGAUUGCCGAGGAUGUGAAAUGCGUUGAGCGCUAG